AUGCCAAAGACGUAUCAGAUGUAUAAAGAUAUUUUCUUUGAUGGUGGUGAUGAUGUUUCGGAUCCAAACUGUGAAAUAAGAGAGGUUGAGUUUAAAAAGAAGUUAGAAUAUGCUGAGACCCCUUUAUUUCCAGAAUGCACAAAGUAUACAGUUAUGUCUGCAAUUGUUGCCUUAUACAAGCACAAAGCAACAACUAAUUUAUCCGACACUGGUUUUGAUGGACUUCUUCAAAUGUUUGGGGAUAUGCUUCCAGAAAAUAACAAACUUCCUAAGAGCUAUUAUGAAACGAAAUUUUUUUUGAAGACAUUUGAUUUAGGAUAUGAGAAAAUAGAUGCUUGUAAGAAUGACUGUUGUCUGUUUAGAAAAGAGAAUAAGCACAUGACUAAAUGCCCAAAAUGUGGUGCUUCGCGGUGGAAAGAGAAUGAGCGUACUAGGAAGGUUAAAAAUGGUGUCCCAGCUAAGGUGUUGCGGUACUUUCCAAUAGUACCAAGGUUUAGAAGAAUGUUUCGAUCCCCUGAAAUAGCAAAACAACUAACGUGGCAUUCAACUCAUAGAAGUGGGGAUAGAAAGAUGCGACAUCCGGUUGACACGCCUGCAUGGCAUACGAUAGAUAAAAAAUGGCCUUCUUUUGCAUCAGAUUCACGAAAUUUAAGACUUGGCCUUUCAACUGAUGGGUUUAAUCCAUUUGGUGACCUUAGUUCGGCAUAUAGUUGUUGGCCAGUAACAUUGGUGGUAUAUAAUCUUUCGCCACUUGAACUCAUGUCUAAAGAGAAUAUGAUGUUGACAUUACUAAUCCCAGGGCCGAGGCAACCGGGAAAUGAUAUAGAUGUGUAUUUGGAGCCACUUAUAGAUGAUUUGAAAGAGCUAUGGGAGAAAGGCGUGGAAAUUUAUGAUGCAUUUGCAAAGUCCACAUUUAAUUUGAAGGUAAUCUUGAUGUGGACAAUUAGUGACUUUCCAGCUUUUAGUAACCUCUCUGGUCAUGUUACAAAGGGUAAAAAAGCUUGUCCAACAUGUAGUGAUGACACAUGUUCAAGGCGGUUGAAUUGUAGCACCAAGACCGUUUACUUGGGUCACCGUCGAUGGCUAUCUCCUACUCACCCAUUUCGAAAAAAGAAGAGUUGGUUUGAUGGGAGUGAAGAACAUAGGUGGAAGCCUAAAAUAUUGUCUGGGACUGAAAUUCUUCAUGCUGUGAAAAAUAUUAAAAAUGAUUGGGGUAAAAAAGUGAAGGGAAAAUUACAUAUCAAACCAAAAAUUGGAAAGAGGAAACAAAAGACAAAAAAGGACGAAAAUGUGGCGUGGAAGAAAAAAUCCAUAUUUUUUAAAUUGCCAUACUGGGAGGUAUUACUCGUUCGCCAUAACUUAGAUGUCAUGCAUAUUGAGAAGAAUGUUUGUGAGAGUAUUAUUGGCACCCUAUUGAACAUAAAAGGAAAAUCAAAGGAUGGACUCAAGUCUCGUAGGGAUUUGGAGGAAAUGGGCAUUAGGGGGGAUUUGCACCCACAAGAUUCAAAAGGGAAACAUUUCUUGCCACCAGUACCUCAUACACUAAAGAAGGAAGAAAAACAGCUUUUUUGUAAGCGAUUACAACAAUUAAAGCUACCAGACGGCUAUAGUUCCAACAUUGGGACACAUAUAUCAUUGGAUGAAUGCAAGGUUGUAGGCUUGAAAUCUCAUGAUUAUCAUGUCCUAAUGCAACAAUUACUACCGGUAGCGUUACGGGGAAUUCUACCAAAGGCUGUAAGGAAUGCCAUAUUUCGCCUAUACACAUAUUUUAAUGAAGUAUGCCAAAGGGUGAUUGAUAGGAACUCAAUGGAAAGACAGGAAAAUGAAAUUGCUGAGACAUUAUGUAUGUUAGAAAGAUUUUUUCCUCCAUCUUUUUUCGACAUUAUGAUUCACUUGACUAUUCACAUCGCACACGAAGCUCGUAUUUGUGGACCAGUACAAUUUCGUUGGAUGUACCCAUUUGAGAGGAUGAUGAAGGUUUAUAAAGGAUAUGCUAGAAAUAGGGCGAGACCUGAAGGAUGCAUAGCUGAAGGCUAUUUGGCUAAUGAGUGUGUGAAAUUUUGUAGUGAGCACAUCAAACAAGCUUCUAAAAUAGGGGUGAGACAUUCUCGAAAUGAGGAUUUUGAAGGUGAGACAACAAUAGAUGGCCGUCCAAUUUCGAAAGGAAUUUGUCGAAUGGCAUGUUACAAAUUGCUCACCGUUAUGUCUUGUUCAAUAAUGCAGAGGUGGAACCGUACACAGGCUGGUAAUGAUGUGUCCGAUACACUUAUGUGUCUUGCAAAUGGGCCUAGAAGAGAAGUCAUUUCACAUUCGGGAUAUAUUGUUAAUGGACAACGAUUUCACACCAAGGAUGUGGAGGGAAGCACACAAGAUAGUGGUGUUUCGCUUGAAGCGGAAACUAUAUGUCAAUCUAGUGCAAGAGAUACAACUCAAGUUCUAGGAAAAGUAUCUUACUAUGGUGUUUUAAAAGAUAUACUUUUGUUAGAUUACCACACAUUUAAAGUGCCAAUCUUUGAUUGUGAGUGGGCAAACAUUAGAAAUGGCAUCAAAGUUGAAGAUGGAUUUGUAUUAGUUAACCUUCAUGAAGGUCAAAGUCAGUUUCAAAGUGAUCCCUUUAUUCUUGCUUUACAGGCUAAACAAGUUUUUUAUUCAAGGGAAGAUGAAACAUCUAAUUGGUAUGCUGUACUUAAAGCGCCGCCAAGAGGUUUUAAUGACUUGGAGUCUUUUGAAGAAAAUAGUUAUGUGUCUUCUAUGCCAUUAGAUGUAUCAAGAUUGGACUCAAAUGAUGAUGAUGAUGGCAAUGAAGAGUAUGUGCGGUUGGAUUGUGAGGGCAUGACCGUGUAG